AUGCGCAUCAUCAGGCUUGUACUGUUUGUGGCACCAGUAGCCGCCGUCGUCUCGGCACAGUCGUCCCCAUCAACUGCGUCUUCGCCUGCUACUUCGGACACGUCCUCUAUUCCUGCCGAACUUGCGGCUAUUGCUGAGUGUAACACGACGCAGCUGAACGAGAGCCAAGUCAUUUUGACCUCAAACCAGCGUGCGGAUCAGUGCGAGGAGGCGCUAAGCUUGCAAUCCGGUACGAUGCUGCAAGUAACUACAGAGGAUGCAACCGCAAUGUGCGAUACAGCAUCCUGUAGGGCCGCGCUGCAAGAACUGUACAACAAUCUGCCUGAUUGCCGCUACAAUCUCUGGGGCCUGCAACACUCAGCCAAGCAACUUCUGGAGUACUGCGGUGUCACUCCAAAAAACACAAGUGAUGUAGACUCCGGCAACUCCCUCGAUUGGAGUACUUCCUCGAGACCGGGCACGGACUCAUUCGCGCCGGUCGGAGCUACUGACGCUCCUUCUACAGCAGACAACUCUACGUCAGACAGCCCCACCCCGGCACAGCAAUCUAGCGCUUCGACUCCCAUGACCGCACUUCCAUUUAUGCGCAUUUUCACUACCGACUUUCUUUAG